AUGUCGCGGCCAGGCGACGCUGCGGCUGCUGCUGGGCGUGGCAAGCGGUUCCGCAGCAGCGGCGGCGGCGGUGGAGACGCUGUGACAGGAGGUGCUGGGUUCCUGGCUGGAGUGGCCUGUGCCCUUCUGUUUGCCCUGUGGAAGCAUGCGCAUGGGGAACUGCUGGUGCCCUCCGCCCUGCUUUCCAGCGAGGUCUCUGCCGAGUUCAACACCUCGGCAGCAGCCGUGGGGCAGGUUCGGGGCAGUGCCACAGCAGGCACAGAUGCCCGCAAGGCCGCCCAGCCUGUCAACUUCACAGGCACAAAAGACUGGACCUCCGCCGUGACCGCUGCCGCAAUGGCAGCAGCGGACGCAGUAGAGCACCAGAUUGACGUGGACAGCCUACCCAUAUUAUUCCUAUCUUAUGGAAACGCCGCCUAUUUCAACUUUGUGCACAACUGGGCUGUCAGCGUGCAGCAGAUCGGCGCCCCCUACGUGAUCGGAUCCUUUGACGACGCCAUGCUGGAUCUGUGCGCCAACCACAGCCUGCCCUGCGUGCGAGCCCAGUUUGCCACCGCCGACGACUUCCGAACCAACUUUGCUGCAUUCAGGGCCAUGGGGGCUGUCCUUCUUGUGCUGGAGAUUUUGGAGCGGCACCCCAAGCUGCCGCUGCUGGUGGUCAGCGACAGCGACACGGUCUGGCUACGGCAGCCCUGGACAUACUUCGACCAGCGGCCAGCGGCAGACUUCUUCAUCUCAACAGACUGCAACAGCAUCGAGGCGAGUGCGCCCUGCUGUGGCGUACAGCAGCUGCACCUGGCUCAGGCACAAGCGUUAGCCCUGCAGAUGGAGGACAGGUGGCAGCCCAACAACCCGUUGCCCAGCUGCGGCCACAUCCCCGGCAACUGGGGCUUUGCCUUCAACACCGGCCUGUUUGCGGUGCGCAACCGCCCCGCUUCCCGCCGCUUCCUGCGGGAAUGGGUGGACAUGCUGACGGACCCAGCCAAGGAGAAGGAUCAGCACGGCCGAGGUGUGGAGGACCAGCUGGCUCUCAACCUGCUGUUUGACGCAGAUGGCAGCAUGGAAACCCAUGGCACCAAAAGAGCAGGAGACGACGAGCCCCGCACCAUCCUGGUUUACAAUGGCACGCUGCGGGUACAGACGCUGCCGGUGGUGCUGUUUUCGGGCGGCCACGUCGCCUUUGUUCAGCGCACACCUUGGAAGCACGGCAUGCAGCCCAUUGUCAUCCACAUGACCUACCAGCGGUGGUGGAGCGACGGCAAGCGCGCCCGCCUGCGCGAGUUUGGGCUGUGGCACAUCGACCCCCCCGCCUACUGCGGCGCCGGGCCCGGCGCCCCGCUCAAGCUGCUGACGUAUGAAAACGGGGUGGCAGAGUUUGUGGAGGAUGUGGCCAAGCAGCGGUAUCCCGGGGCGGUGGAGAUGCCUCUGUUUUACAAGAUGUGGCUGGCCAUGACGUACCAGAUCGCGGCGUUCAGGGAUGCGCUGGCGGCGGCGCGCAUGCUGGGCCGUGCUGUGGUGCUGCCCACGCUGUGGUGCUGGUGCGACUACGACGAGGGCCCAGACAUCCUGCAGACCUGCAUCAACCCGAGCGCCGACUAUGCGGUGCCCUUCCGCUGCCCGCUGGACUACAUGCUCGACCUGGAGAUCAUCGACUGGCAGCAGCUCAACUACCGCAACGCCGGCUUCCUGGACCUGCCGCAGGUCCCGGCCUCCAUCCGCAACAGCCGGGCGGUGGUGCAGAUAGCGGGCGCCAAGCCGGCUGACCCCUUCCCUCGGGCAGCGAGCUUGGUGGGCGACGCCGUGACGGUGUGGCCGGGCAUCUCCCAGGCAGAUAUGCAGCGGGUGAUCCAACCAGUGGAGUCUGUGGCGGUGCUCGAGCUCAGAGGCUUUGUGCCCGGCUUCUUAGGCACCUGGACUGACGCAGGGCAGGCGGCACAGUUUGACGAGGGGUGGGCAUGGAGCAUGGGGGAGGCACGGUGGUGCUGCUCCUCGUGGGGACCACACGACGAGGAGUACCGCACACUCAACUACGCCUACCCGCAGCUGUUCAAAGAUGGGUGGCAGCCCUGGUCUGCUCCCAUGAUGAAGCCGCCCGACUGGUGCGACGAGGUCAGCGAGCACGGGGGCAACCGCCGCUUCACGACGCUGCCGCAGCACCCCUGCAAGUUCCUGCGGGAGCCGGGCGACGCGGCGGCGGGAAGAGGGGCGGGAUAG